AUGGCGAAUUUCUCGGUGGAGUCUCAAAGUUUUUAUGCAAAGGAAAAGGACGCUGCUUGGAUUACUCUGCAGAAAGCUGUUCAUUCCAACUUGCAGGAUGACGAGCCAAAAAGCUCCCCGCCGUCACCGAACAAUAGUUGCGGUUACACUUCCAGCUCAGAAAGUGAGGUGGGAGAGGAAGGAGAAGUUACCCGGCAACGGAGGAUGAGGACGAAAUUCACCUCUGAGCAAAUCGGGAAGCUCGAGAGCACUUUUAACAAGCACAAAUAUUUAGGAGCCUCGCAGAGAAUGAAGAUCGCAGAGAAGCUCGACCUCUCUGAAACUCAGGUGAAGACGUGGUUUCAGAACAGGAGGAUGAAGUUAAAGCGAGAGGUGCACGAGAUGCGGACUGACUUCCUCUCCGUGCACGCGGUUCUACUGCCGCCCGCCUUGUUUCAGCACCACGCCAUCGGAGGACAGUUCCACGGCAGCAACGCCUUCUAUGCUCCCCUCCCGAGGGUGCACCGGCCUUUGAUCCCGCGCCGCCACCAUUUUACCAUGCCACAGCCCUUCUACUGACCUGAGCCACAAAUCUGUCCACCACUCACACACACACACACACACACACACUGACCCGCCGCCCCAACAUUGAAUCUAGAUAUUAAAAGUGCUCUCAUCUGUGUAAAAGUUGUCAAUACAAGUUAUUUUAAACACACUCCCAAUGCAUGAACAAUUCCAAUGUAUUUAAUUCCCUGCAAAUGUACAUAUUAAACUAUUUUUAAAAUU